GCCCGUUUUCUUCAACGUUAAUCUGAGUUUAAACUCGGUUUAUCCUAUCUCGAAAUUAUAUUAAAAAAAUUGAACUGAGUUUGAACUGCGUCGGAGAAAACGGCCAUAAGUUAUACAACAGCACAGCAGCAGACAGCAGUUUGACGAGCAACAGAAGCAACGUUCGUUCGAAAUCAUAACCUCUAUUUGAUAACCCGCCCAUUUAUAAAAUGAUUACUUUAGUGAUUUGUUUACGUGUGACUCGAAAUAAAAUGGGGGCAAAACCGAGUUUUUCGUACAACAUUCGGCAAUUUCGACAAUGCUCGAGAAUAUUCGGAUUUGUUCGGCAUGCGAACGUGGCCAGCGGACUGUCAAGUUUAAAAAUUUAUUUCGUCACCUGAUACAACGUUCCAGUAGAAUGAUCGCAAAGUGUGACGAUAACGGAAUCACGAGAUUGUGAUCAAUGAUAAAUUUUUUAUUACUCAUUCACGUACUAUUACCUCAAAUGUAUUCUCUGAAACGUAACCUUCUUUAGUUUGAAAAUGUACUGGUAUCACAAAACUGUAUUUAAUCAGAAUUUAUUAUAUUUUAUUGCACAGUAAUUCUCAUGCUAUUCCUGUACGUAUUCUGUUUAACACUGUAUUCUCCUUGACACAUUUUCUACGAAAUCAUCCAGUGACAAAAUAUCUUGUCGAUACCAGUUUACGUAUAAUUUCGUAUUUCCCCCAAACAUAUAUGUCUUUUUACAUCACGAUGACGUAGAGACUGACGCGAAUAAGACUUCGAGGCAUUCGGUCUACAAUUUUUUUCAACUAUAUUGUUCCCUUUUGGUCAGUGCAGUCUGUGACUGAGUAUUCAUCUGUGGUGUCUUGUUCCUUAAUCCGUCCUACAUAGCAAUAUCGUGAAUUUUGUGAUCGUGAAAAAUCCAUCAUGCCUAAUGACAACUCAAUAAGCCAACUGAAUAUUUCAAAUCAAGAUGUCAUAGAAGAGAGUCUAAAUACUCCUGAUUCAGAAUUUGACGAUGCUCUUGCUGUGCCUGACUGUUUGGAAAUCCAUGAAAAUAGUGAAUGCGUUGAUAUUAUUCAAGGAAAUUGUCAAAGAGUUAAAUCUAAUGACACAGAACAACCGAGGAUUAUACCGUUCACAGAAAUAUAUUCACUGUCUGUAAAGUUUGACAGUCGAAGCUGCGCAACAUUCAUUCCCGGUGAAGAUAUAACUGUAAAGAUAAUAGAUAUCGAGCGCAGUGUUACAACGCAUCCAUUGAAUCCAAAUUUAUACACAAUAGAGUUCAAACAUGGCUCUUUUGUUUGGACCGCUAAGAAAAGAUACAGCGACAUUCAGCAUCUUCAUAACCAAUUAAAGAUAUUCAGGGCAAGUUUGAAUAUUCCAUUUCCGACAAGAAAUCACAGAAAACAUAGAAAUAGUUUGAAAAAUCUUGGAGAUGAUCAAGAGAAGCGACGGAACAGAGGGGCUCUUCCCAGAUUCCCCAACAGACCAGAGAGUCUCGUGGCAAACGAACGAUUACCCCAAAGAAUGGAAAUGCUUGAGAAUUAUCUUGGGAAUUUAUUAAAAAUUGAGAUCUACAAGUGUCAUCCAGAAACAAUUAAAUUCAUGGAAUUGUCACGUUUAUCGUUCAUCGACGAUCUUGGAGGAAAAGGAAGAGAAGGAUUAGUUCUGAAACGCACUGGGUCAGGCACUCAAGCGACCUGUUGCUUUUGGAAUUUGUGGAAACUUAUAGGAUGCUUCCGAUGUAAUGUUUUUUGCACAUCUGUAUGGGGUACCUGGCAUGCGAGACAUCUAGUUGUCAAAGACACAUUUGUGGUGUAUAUCAACCCGAAGGAUGGAACAAUCAAAACUGUUAUCUUGAUGGACAGUGGUUUUGAAGUCAGCUCAGGAAUGUACUCGACGGGAUUGAAGAAUGCCUUGCAAAUCAUGAAUUUAAGCAGACAUAUAGUACUAAAAUGUCGAACACGGAGGAAAGCAAAGGAAUGGCUCGAAUUCUUGCAGAAUGUCGCCAAUACUGAAGGAAAACAAUUUAUCCAAAAGAAUCCUCACAACUCAUUCACUCCCUACAGACCGCAAACACCAGCUACUUGGUACGUCGAUGGCUCUGAUUACAUGGCUGCUGUUGCGGAUGCUCUUGAAAACGCUAGUCAAGAAAUUUUCAUUGCUGAUUGGUGGCUCUCGCCUGAGAUUCACUUAAAAAGACCUGCUAAUGACAAUGAUUAUUGGCGUCUAGAUAAAAUACUUCAGCGCAGAGCGCUACAAGGAGUCAAAGUAUUCGUGAUGAUUUACAAAGAAGUCGAACUCGCCCUAGGAUUGAACAGUUUCUACAGCAAGCAGAAACUCCUUGAAAGCGGUUCAGAGAAUAUAAAAGUAUUUCGGCACCCAGAUCAUGCACGAGCCGGUAUUUUCCUAUGGGCUCAUCACGAGAAAAUCGUCGUCGUAGAUCAAACAAUCGCAUUUCUCGGUGGAAUAGAUCUCUGCUACGGUCGUUGGGACAAUCACGAGCACCGAUUAACCGACCUUGGAAAUACUUCUCAUGCCUGCAUCUACGCUCUACAGACAGAGAAAGAAAUAACUACCAGUUCCGGACGAUCAUCUAAUAUGCAAAUGCACAAGCACGUUUUGCAGCCUUUAGCUGUUAAGACGAAUAAAGUUGCUCUAUCGACAACAAAAUUCUUAUCCAAUGAGCACAAUUAUGAGGAACCGUUCACGACAAUACCGAAGCUGUUAUCCGUCAAAUCUUUACCUACUUCUCAACCGCAAGAACUCAGGAAAACGGUCAAAGGUGAUUCUCCGGAAUUUCGAAGGAAAAAUUUCGUUGCUAAGGCUGUCGGCAAGGUUGUUGGGGUCAAGAGCUGUAUGAAGACGAAAAGAAAAGAACGGAUGAAUAAAGUUUACAGUGCAAAUGAACGCAACGAGGAAAAGGCCGGCAACCAUGAAGUUGAUCAUAUGUUUUUACAAAAUUCUAACGAUACUGAGGGCACGAGCAGUACGGAUUUUCAUGCCAGUCAUUCUUCAACCGGUGAUACGAGACUCUGGCUAGGCAAAGACUACACCAAUUUUAUAGUCAAGGAUUUCGGAGAUGUCGAGCACCCUUAUCAGGAUUCGGUGGACCGUAACACAACUCCUCGAAUGCCUUGGCAUGAUAUCGGCAUAAUGGUACAAAAUUUUGCAGCAAGAGACGUUGCUCGACACUUUAUACAACGUUGGAAUGCGAUUAAGAUGGAAAAGGCUAAACUGAAUCCAUCGUACCCAUUUUUACUACCAAAAUCGUACAAAAAUUUUAAAAUUCAUUCAAACGUUGUAAACCACCCAGCUGUUCAUAAAAUUCGGUGUCAAGUACUAAGAUCAGUUAGUUCCUGGUCCGCUGGAUUUCUGGAAUCGGAGACUAAGGAACAGAGCAUUCACGAAGCUUAUAUCGAUGCAAUAACGAAUGCGAAACGAUAUAUCUACAUAGAAAAUCAGUUUUUCAUAAGUCUCGCUACGACGGAUCGUACUUCAGUGCAAAAUCGAAUUGCUGAUACUCUUCUGAAACGAAUACUCCAAGCCUUCAGAGAAAAAGCGAUUUUCCGGGUUUUCGUUGUAUUGCCAUUGCUACCAGGUUUCGAAGGACAAGUCGGGGAAGAUACUGGGACUGCUCUCCACACGAUAACCCAUUGGAAUUAUACGUCAAUAUCGAGAGGCAAAGAUUCGAUCAUCAAACAAUUGAGAGCUUCCGGAAUUGCAGAUCCAAGCGAAUACAUUACAUUCCACGGUCUGAGGACUCAUUCACUUCUCAAUUGUACAAUGGUCACUGAGCUCAUUUAUGUUCAUAGUAAAUUAAUGAUCGUCGAUGAUGAUACCGUCAUUUGUGGAUCUGCUAAUAUCAACGACAGAAGUAUGAUUGCCACGAGAGACAGCGAAAUUGCUGCAAUUAUACACGAUGAAGAAUUCGCUGAAAAGGAUGUUGGUGGCAUAACUCUGCGUUGUGGGAAAUUUGCUGGUUCUCUGCGCAAACAUCUUUUCCGAGAACAUCUUGGUCUCCUGGAGUCUGACGAAGAAAUAGAGCUGGAUAACAUUACAGACAAGAGCUUUUAUCACGACGUUUGGCAGGCCCGAAGCAAAAAAAAUACAGAAAUAUUUGAGCAAGUUUUCCAAUGUAUUCCUUCAGACAAAGUGAUGAGUUUUGCUGCUCUGAAACUUUAUCAGAGUGAAACACCGUUAUGUCAAUCCAAUACUGAUUUGGCUCAACAGUUAUUAGCAGACGUAAAGGGUCAUCUCGUCGACUUGCCUCUGGACUUCUUAGCCUACGAGACUCUAACACCAGCCAUAAGAUCUGUCGAAGGAAUGUUACCCACGUCUCUCUGGGUUUAAAAGUAGUGAAAAUUUAUGGUUUAAAAGUAGUAUAAAUUUAUCUUUAUGGCAAUAACAGAGUUCUAUCGAAUCGUUAAGCGCCUAAACGUUACCGCAUUUUUAUCAGGCAUUUUAAAUUUUAUGUGUACAGAUGACGAUAGUUUUUCAAGAGUGACUCCGCGCGGUGUGUCAAGAUAGUGAUUUCUGAGAAAACUCAAAAAAACAACUUUCAUGAAGAUCAAUCGUUCCAUAUUCGACAUAUCGAAGCUGUUUUUCUGAAAAGCGAUGAAAAAUUUCACGUUUUACACAAUAACUUCGAAAUGCUUCUCUAAACUUUUCUAUUUUCCAUUGUCAUUUACAGGAAUGUAAUGAAGUUUUUGAAAAAAAUCCAAAAUUUUGAUCCUUCAGUUUAAACAUAUAACAAAACCAGCAGUAUUGGUACCGACUUGAGAUAAGCACAUUUGAGAAGCGAAUCGCACAAGACACUUCGACUAGAAACACCGUGAUAGCUCUCAAGAGUUUCCAUCAAAUUCUCGUAUUUUUUUAAAUUUGCAAGAAUAUGCUGGAAAGAUGGAUUAUCUCGGAAACUCUAAAUGAAAUAUUUUUCUAGAUAUUUAUAUUUUUAAGGUUAACUUUUAAACUUGACUUUAGCGAGACUAUCGUCUCGAAUCGUAAUGCAAUCAUACAGUUCAAAUAUUAAAUCGUAGAGGCUGACAUAAGAAAUCAUCCGAUAACCUUUUCUAUUUUCUUGUAGUUCAUCUCGCUUUAACUUAUUUAACUUUAUCGGUGACGAUUCACCUUUAAUAGUACAUAUAUGCUGAUUUCUUGCCGAUGAGGAGUCAUUUUUAUUCACAAAACGACUGAAGAUAUGAAUAAAACUAUCUGUGAUGAACUUCCCGAUUAUAUACAAAUUAUAUAUUGCUGUCGUCGGUAAUACUGUCCAUAAAGUCAUGUUAUAGUACUAUAGUACCAGUCAUGUCAAGAACGUAAUUAAUCAUUAACCAUCUCGAAAUAAAUCCUUUUUCCCAUUCAA